UUUCAGAUUUUUCACUAUGACCACCCCAGAGCUGAAACAAUCCAUGAACAGUUCAAUGGUCGCAUGGAGUGGCAAGGAACCAAGAAAAGUGAUAUUCAGUCUGGAACCAUCUACAUUCAUAACAUGACCUUCAAUGACACAGGGACUUACCGCUGCACUUUUCAGCGCACUAUCUUCCUGGUGCAGAAUGACGUACACCAUAUUGUGGAAAAGCAUGUAGAGCUCAGCGUGGUGAAAGUAGCCAAUCGGGAGAUAACGUCCCUGAUCUCUGAGCUCAUGAUGUACGUCUUGAUCCUGGUUCUGCAGCUCUGGCUCAUUUUGGUUCUGGUCUCCUGCUACAAGAAAAUUUCAAAGGAGUACGAGGCCCGCGAGGCAAAACUAGCCCCUAGGUCUCUGACACCGAUCAAAUCAUUUAAGUUUCAACAAGAACGCUGA